UUUGCAUGAAAUUAAUAUAUGUUUAAUUAACUCAUUCUUAAUUAGAUAAACACCAAGAUUUUAUCGUAAUGUGUAGACACUGGUAAUGGGAGUGGCUUGCGUACAAAAAAUGUGAACAGUUAGGACACAGACACAAAGGAAUAUUCAGAACAGAAAAGUCACUCAAGGCAUCUAAAGUUUUAAAAAUGAUUAAAACAAAUCUACUCAUCAGUACACUGAUCUACCCAAAUCUUAUAAUGAUCCUCAUGACUAGUCAGACUCUGGCUUUUAUGCCUGCUUUGACAAAACCAAUGACACACCAGGACAUAACCCGAGUUGCAGUUUUACAGACAACGGCCGAUGUGUGCAGAUCGCAAGCACUCCAGAAGGGCUGGAAUUUUGUUAUGCCAAACCCGCUGACGGUGAAGUCAGUGGCAGAAAGCUGUUACUCGUCCGAUUCAGCCAAAGAUUUUCAAAGUAGCCUUAAUAAGAUAAAUCAUCACAAUGCCUGGGUCGAUUUUUGGAAUUUUUUUACUCCAAGUUACCAUUUUGACAAUGAGAUGUUUUUAGCUGGACGGAAACUCAUUACAGACGGAGUCUCUGUUGUAAAAUACAGUGUGAAAAAGCAGAGCUAUCAAACUGCCAGAGAGGCACUUGGUAAAGUUCUACACACUUUGCAGGAUUUCUACAGUCAUAGUAACUGGAUUGAACUGGGAAAGACACAACCAUAUUCCAAUCUGAUUAAACCAGACACACUUAUUGAAAACAUAGCAGAUUCUGAAACCUGCAGUAAGUGCAGUAGUAGCGACUGCAUAGGAAACAUCCUGGAGGUGGUCAUUACACAGAAUAAAUUAACAUCAGGAUAUUUUGGUUUGUCCAAACCAAAAGGGAAGUGCAGUCAUGGAGGACUUGCUGAUCCAUCAAGUUGGUGGCAGGGAGGAAUAAAUAAGGAUUCUUCCACCUCCAGUCACGGAUAUCUACAUUCUGAGGCGGCAUCAGUAGCCACUGCUGCGACCAAAGAACUGCUGCAGGACAUUCGAGCAUCAGUUGGAGAUUCUGAAUUUCUUAGAUUGAUGGGACUCACCCAGUCUUCAGUGCUGUGUUUUGUUAUUGACACCACGGGCAGCAUGUCUGAUGACAUUGCGGAGGUCAGACGAGUUACUUCAUCUAUCAUUGACAGUAAAACGGGCACAGAAGCUCAACCUUCAGAAUAUAUCCUCGUGCCAUUUAAUGACCCUGAUUUUGGACCACUUACAAGAACUACUGAUCCUAUCGUAUUUAAAAAGAAACUGAAUGCACUUACAGCUAAUGGUGGAGGAGAUGCUCCUGAAAUGAGUUUGUCAGGACUCCAGCUUGCCCUCACUGGAUCUCCACCGCAGAUGGACAUUUUUGUUUUCACUGAUGCUGAUGCAAAAGAUAAAGAGUUGACGAGCACUGUGCGAGCACUAAUUGAGAGAACAAAGUCCAAAGUGACCUUCAUGCUAACUAACGGCUUUAGUUUUCGGCGUCGCAGGAGUGCAGUGCCUGUAGAUGGCCAACAGCAAGUCUCAACUCGGGUUGUAAAUGUGCUUAAUAAGGUCUAUAAAGACCUGGCGGAGGCCUCUGGAGGACAGGCUAUUGAGGUCACCAAAGGAACACUGUCUCAAGCUACAGAUAUUAUUGCAGCUAUCUCCAGAUCUACACUGGUCAUUAUUUUUCAAGCGAUUAGAAACCCAGGCAAGCCUGAAAACUUCCCAGUCUUUGUGGAUUCUUCUGUGAAAAACCUGACAAUUUACAUCACUGGCAGCUCACCGUAUUACAACAUCACCAGUCCUUCAGGAGUCUCACAGAGCAGCACUGAACUCAUUGGCAGUUUGGGAAUCAUUCAGAAAGUUGGUAAUUUCCAUAAAGUGCAACCAAGUAUCACAGAGCAGACUGGAGAGUGGCUCUUCAGUAUUAAUUCAACACAGUCCUACACCAUCAAAGUUGUUGGUCAAAGCGACGUUGACUUCCUUUUUGAAUUCAUUGAAUUGUCCCAAGGGCCUCAUCCAAGCUAUACUGUAUUAAACAGCAGGCCUGCAGCAAACAAUAAUAUCACCUUGUUGGUGACCAUGGUUGGUGUGGACAACGUGAGGCCAACAGAGGUGUCUCUGAUCCAAGCUUCAAAUUCAAACUCAGUAAAUGGGACACUAGAAGAGGUAUCCAGUGGACAGUACUUGGUGACCUUUAACGGCAUCCCAGCGGGAGAGUUUACGGUGGGUGUAGUUGGACAGCUCAGUUCUACAAGAUCUUUAGGCAACACCUUUCAGAGACAGACACCAACUCAGUUCCAAACAUCAACUGUGACCAUUAUGACUCAACCUGUUGGAACAGCAGAACCAGGAAAGCAACUGAUUCUGCCGUUCACAGUGGCAACCAAUGGCUCUGGAGGAAAUUUUACUAUCAGUGUCAACAAUGAUCAAAACUUCGACACUCGCUACAAUACAUCUAUAACUGUCAAUAGUGGGGACAGCACGAAUGGCACAGUAACUCUGACUGUACCUAAUACUGCUUCCUCUGGAACUGAUGUCACUCUGACAAUACAGGCUGAAGCACCUGGUGGAAGCGACUCCAACUAUGCUGUGCUGCGCAUUGCUGUUAUAGCUCCGGUAACAGAUUUUACUCCUCCAGUAUGUGAGGCCGUUAACCUGAAUGCUAACUGUUCAGGCAACUGUAACCUCUCCACAUGGUACCUCACUGCCAACGUGACUGAUAGAAGUGGAUCAGGUGUUGAGAAUGUGAGAGUCCUCUAUGGAAAUGGCAACCUCAGCACCACCACUGUGCUCAAUGACACAGGUGUGAACGUCACUAUGGUCAUCUACAGCUCCUCCUGCUGUUCCUCAGACCUGGAACUGGUUGCUGUGGAUGCAGAGGGAAAUGUUGCUACCUGCUAUACGACUUCAAGAGCUGCAUCUCCCGUAAUGGCAAACGAAACCACCACUAUUACCACAACUAAAAGUACAUCAACGACAAGUGGUACCACUAACCGAGCCAGCACCAAUGGUGUAGAAUGUUGCCUGUUUCUCUUGGUCUUCCUUCGGUUAAAUAUGGGAGUUUUAUAGCUUUUUAUGCAGCUCAAGGAAAAAAAACAACAACAUUAAUCGAAAUUUAAAUCAGUUUAAUAUAUACUGUAUGGACAAACGUAUUAGGAGAUCUGAUAGUUGAACGCAUACAACUGUAUAGGAUGUAUUCGGAUGAGGUGGCGUAAAAUAUUACCUUCAAUUGAACUAGUAAACCCAAACCUGUCACAGUAUGGCAAUGCUCCAAGCACAAAUCUAGUUCUAUAAAGAUAUGCCUUACAUGGGUUUGAGAAUUGGAACACUGACUGCAUCCAAGGCUUCCUCACUCAAUAUCAGUAUCUUUACAUCCACUCUUGUGGCUGAAUGAGCACAAGUCUCCACAAAAACACUCAAAAAUCAGUUGUCUACAAAUGAUUGUGGUCAGGUGCUGACAAACUUUUGCCCAUAUAGUGUAUUUAUGAUUAAAAGCAAGCAAUCAGAAAAAUCAAUCAAACCUGAGAGGAAAUGCUGAUGGUCUGUUAUUUACCUAAUGGCAUUAAAUGAAGUUUUGCUAUUUGUUUCAAAUCACUAAUUUCUCUGUGAUUGACUAUCAGUGACUUAUAUCUUUAAGAAUCAGAAUCUAAAUUGUAUUUUAUUUUAUUCUGCAAAUACUAGGGAAUAUCAAUCAGGGUAAAAUCUUUGAGUCUUUUGCUGUUACAGUUUAUUAUGCUCAUAUGUAAUACAGGAUUAGAAGGUUUUAUUAAUAAAGCUUUCAUUUAAAAAUGUACAUGUUUAUAUUUUUUAUUUUUAAGAUGGAUCAGGUGCUGGUACUAAAAAAGGGAUUUAGAGUUGAUAAGUAAAUCAUUAAACUGGUAGACAAAGAUUGAUU